AUGGAGGAAUACCCGGAGGAGUUCCGCACGCCUCCGCUGCCGCUCGUGGCCUUCAUAGGGCUUCCCGAGUUCCAUCUGCAGGUGACCCACUAUUUGCGAGCGGAGCAACCCCCAUUGGCGACUGUAUCCAUCCCCGAUGCAAUUGGAGCGGCAAGUCUGGCUGGGAAGGAGCGGCGGCCGCCGGAUGCGAAGCUGCCAUCCCCUCUGGGAGUCCUGAAGGCUGGCUGGCUGGCUAAGCAUCGCCAAAAAGCGGCGAGCGUGGCAGUGGCGUUCUUUCCGCGCGAGAAAAUCUUCGGCGACCCCAACCAGUGGCUGUCCGUCUGCACCCAGAUUGAUGCAAUCAAGGCUGCGAUCCGGGGGCGCAACAUCAAAGUGGUGGUUGCUAUCGCCCAAGCAAAUGCAGCACCCCUCGACGCAAGCGAGGAGCGGCUGCAGGCGCUGCGCAAGCGCGUGGAGACGGAGGCCCGCUGCUGCGUCCCCUUCGUCACGGGCGACGUCGCGCAGCUGCGCACGUCCCUCGCAAACCUGGCGAAGCUGGUCGGCGAGCUCGCCGCCACGUUCUACCGGGAGGAAGGGCGCCGCAUCAAGACGCGCGUCGAGAAGAAGGCCUACAGCUCGCCCGAGUUCUCGGUCCGGUACAACUUCAAGAUUGCUGUGUAUGCGGAGUUCCGUCGUGACUGGGUGGCGGCCGUCAAGUACUACAAUGCCGCGUAUACUCUGCUGCACGAAGUGCCCACACCACCUCAGGAACUCCAACCCGUUCAACGGCUCGUCGAAGCCAAGUCCGUGGCCGAAAUCCUGCACCUCAAGCUGGUCACCCUGCUGCUCCACUCCGGCAACACGCUCGAAGCCGUGACCCAGUUGCGGCGCCACCUGGCAUGGUACCGCGCUCGGGAGGGACCCCCCGAAGGCGCGUUUCUGCACUGGGCCUGGGUCAGCAAGCAGUACAAAGUGUUCGGGGAACUGCUCCAGUCGCGGCUGGCGGUCGCGGGGGAGAAGCCGACGGGUGGCGUGGUCGCGGCGGUAACGGCGGCGGUAACAGCGAGCGCGGGCGGGGGGGAGCGGGAGCAGCAGCCGGCCUUCUACUUCCAGCUCUAA